CUGUACACGGAGGACAGCUACCCCUACGUGUCCGGCAACGGCUAUGUGCUCGAGUGCUCGAACAGCAGUGAGCUCGUUGUCGGUGCGCAGAUCGACGGCCACGUGUUGAUCGGAAGCAGCGAAAAGGCGAUGGCUGCGUGGCUCGCGAAGAAUGGCCCCAUCGCGAUUGCGCUGGACGCCAGCUCCUUCAUGUCCUACAAGAGCGGCGUGCUGACCGCGUGCAUUGGUAAACAGCUGAACCACGGUGUGCUGCUCGUCGGGUACGACAUGACUGGUGAGGUUCCGUACUGGGUGAUCAAGAACUCGUGGGGUGGGGACUGGGGCGAGCAGGGCUACGUGCGCGUGGUGAUGGGGGUGAACGCGUGCCUGCUCAGUGAAUACCCCGUGUCCGCGCAUGUGCGGGAGAGUGCCGCCCCUGGCACGAGCACGAGCAGCGAGACGCCCGCACCCAGACCCGUGGUGGUGGAGCAGGUGAUCUGCUUCGAUAAGAACUGCAGGAGAGGGUGCAGGAAAACCCUGAUCAAGGUGAACGAGUGCCACAAGAACGGUGGAGGAGGCGCCUCUAUGAUCAAGUGCAGUCCGCAGAAGGUGACGAUGUGCACGUACUCGAACGCAUUCUGCGUGGGCGGGGGGCUGUGCUUCGAGACUCAUGAUGGUAAGUGCUCGCCGUACUUCUUCGGCUCGAUCAUGAACACCUGUCACUACACGUAG